AUGACAUCAAGCAAGUACGGAGAUCUGCACACCACCUUGAACAUUUACAAGCUUAUUGCAGAGCCAGAGGGCUUGUGGCAUGUGGUGGCAGCGGUGGGAUCUCUAAAUAAUGCCUCCUGGCAAUUGGUUGGGACCGGCAUUGACCAGGGCUGGCUUGCCCACCCAGUUGCCUCGAAGCCCCGAAGCCUCGAAGCCCCGAAGCCUCGAAGCCCCGAAGCCUCGAAGACUCGAAGCCUCGAAGCCCCGAAGCCCCGAAGCCUCAAAGCCCCGAAGCCUCGUAGCCCCAAAGCCUCGAAGCCCCGAAGCCUCGAAGCCCCAAAGCCUCGAAGCCCCAAAGCCUCGAAGCCCCGAAGCCUCGAAGCCCCAAAGCCUCGAAGCCCCGAGGCCUCGAAGCCCCAAAGCCUCGAAGUCCCGAAGCCUCGAAGCCCCAAAGCCUCGAAGCUCCGAAGCCUCGAAGCCUCGAAGUCCCGAAGCCUCGAAGCCUCGAAGCCAUAUAUAUAUGUUGAAAAUUGGUGA